AUGAAGCCGGCUGGUCGCACAUUUAUCAUCUCCGGCGGAUGCUCGGGGCUUGGCCUGGCUACGGCCCGCGACCUACAUCAAGCUGGAGCUUACGUUGCAUUGUUGGAUGUGAAUGCGGACGCUGGCAGGGCUGUCAUCCAACAACUUGGGGAACAAAGAGCAAGAUUUUUGCAGGCUGAUGUGACUGACACAUCAAGCCUCGAAGCUGCAGUCAAGAGCACUAUCGAAUGGACACAACAAACCGGAUCUGUGCUCGCUGGUGUUGUCGCAGCAGCUGGAGUUGGUUUGCCCGCAAAGAUCUAUGAUGCAAGAACAGAGUCGCCGGUUUCGAUGUCAAGUAUCGACUUCGUCCUCAACAUUAAUAUUCGAGGAACGAUCGAUCUCAUCCGCCUCUCUGUACCGCACAUGGUCAAGAACUCUCCCUUAACGGAGGACGGUGAGCGAGGAGUCAUAAUUAUGGUUUCAUCUUCCGCUGCAUUUGACGGACAACCAGGCCAAGUCGCAUAUGCCGCCUCAAAAGGAGCCGUGGCCUCAAUGACGCUACCACUAGCCAGAGAUCUUGCGCGGUAUGGAAUCCGUGCAGUCACAAUUGCACCAAGCCUAUUCGACAGCGCCAUGACCCGUCAGUUGUCUGACAAGGCUCGUAAGAGUUUGGAAAGAGUGAUGGAGUUUCCAGUCAGAGCCGGCAAUCCGGAGGAAUUUUCAAGUCUGGUGAUGCAAAGUGUGACGAAUUCGAUGUUAAAUGGUACUGUGCUUCGACUCGACGGUGCCAUGAGAAUGCCUAGUAAAAUACCCGUCUUGGGGCAAACUAUGAGAUCUCGACGAACACACACAAAGAGCAGACUAGGCUGCGUCCAAUGUAAGCAACGGCGAAUCAAGUGCGAUGAGCAGAGACCGGCUUGCAAAAAUUGCCUCAGACACAACAUCGAUUGCGCCUACUCCGUCUCGCCGGUCAAGAGCCGAUUAUUAGCCCACAAUCCAGCUACACAACCGAACGCAUCCAGCGUGACCCCCGCUGAAUCUACGAUUAUCACCACCGAAAAUGAUAUUUCAAGUCACACAGCAUCACCGUCGGUCGUGUCCACCGAGUCCGACCCGUUGUUAAUAUUGAAUCCGCAACGCGAUGGCAGUCUCCCGGCAGCCCUACAUCUACGCGACUUGGAAUUGAUGCAUCAUUAUUGUCUUGAAAGUUACAAGUCAAUCUCUCAGGAUGACGCAUUUGCACAACCCUUUCAAAAAGAAGUUCCCAAAAUCGCCUUGUCGCACCCGUUUCUGAUGCACGGAGUUCUAGCAUUGUCUGCCUUGCAUUUGGCGUACUUGAACAAGGACGGUGACCGGGUUAAUGAGUACGAUGAGCUUGCUGCCGGACAUCAGACACUGGCACUGGCUUUGUUUAGGAAGGAGUUGGACAAUAUCACGCCGUCGAAUAGUGCAGCCCUUUUCGUGUUUUCAAGUAUAGCGACCGUGCUCGCCUUUGCCUCGCCGCAAAUCACAGGAAUGCACUCUUUGUCACCGAUCGAUGAAAUGCUUCAGAUCAGCACUCUAUGCCGGGGAAUUGCUGAAAUCCUCCAAACGUCGAGGGGGUGGCUGGAAAACUCCUCAGAUAGUUGGGUUACGGAUAUGCUCUCUUCUCGAAGUCGAUCGUUGAAUGUGCAGCCACUGCCCGCAGACAUUGAGGCAAAGCUCGCUCCUAUUUAUAAGCUCAAUGCAGAUUUAACGAGAACUGGGCUGAACAUCCAAGAAGCAGUCGCGUGUGAAGAAGCGAUCUCUGCGCUGUCACAUUCUUUCCAGCAAUUAAACUCGGGCUAUCAGGACUUGACUGUUUUCAGGUGGCCCAUCGUCAUCAAGCCAGUUCUAUUUGCGCUCAUGCGAGACCAUCAGCCGAUGGCUCUGGUUGCGUUGGCCCAUUUCUGUAUACUGCUUCAUAGAGUAUCCGACCGCUGGUGGGUUGAAAGCUGGCCUCGAUUACUACUACAAUCGAUCCACGACCAAUUGGAUGUCUCUUGGAGAGAACAUAUCCGAUGGCCAAUGGAGGCUCUUGGGCUAUCGUCCUGA